CCCUCUUUUUGUCUCCGGAACAAAACCUUAGAUCGUCAGCGCCUUCGCGAUUUUCGUUGCCUUGUAUCUUCAUGUAGCUUUCCCACAAUUGCACAUCGUCUGCAGCAGAAUGGAAGUGUGGGCGCUAGCUGGCCAGCGGUUGACCAGCCACCAUCUCCAAUGAACCCCUGACGAUGGUGUCCACCCCCCUUGGCUCCUAACCUUGCCGCUAGGGUGACCCCAGAGGCCCUGCGGGAUGGGCAAGCACAACAGCAAGCUGAAGCCCGAGGUCCUGGAAGACCUUCGGCAGAACACGGAGUUCUCGGACGCGGAGAUCCAGGAGUGGUACAAGGGUUUUCUCAAAGACUGUCCCAGCGGCCACCUGUCCAUUGAGGAGUUCAAAAAGAUCUACGGCAACUUCUUCCCCUACGGGGAUGCCUCCAAGUUUGCGGAGCACGUGUUCCGCACGUUUGACGCUAACGGGGACGGCACCAUCGACUUCCGGGAGUUUCUCUGCGCCCUGAGCGUCACCUCGCGAGGGAAGUUGGAACAGAAGCUCAAGUGGGCCUUCAGCAUGUACGACCUCGACGGCAACGGAUACAUCUCACGACACGAGAUGCUCGAGAUUGUCACGGCCAUCUACAAGAUGGUGGGGUCCGUGAUGAAGAUGCCCGAAGACGAGUCCACCCCGGAGAAACGCACGGACAAAAUCUUUCGCCAGAUGGACAAGAAUAUGGAUGGCAAGUUAUCCCUGGAGGAGUUCAUAGAGGGCGCCAAGAGCGACCCUUCCAUUGUACGCCUGCUGCAGUGCGACCCCCAAUCCUCCCACUGACGGCCGAUGGCACCCUCCCCCUGUGACGCCCCCUCUUCCUUCAGCUUCCACCGUGCAUGUGUGCCACGUGCGACAGCGCGCGUGCGGUUGCACCAGUGACGGAACGACGACAAGUGCAACGCGGCUAAAGAGACGCUUUCUCGAAGGGGGGGGGUAGACGAGACCCCCCUCGCCCCCUCCUGCCUCGCUGUUCAGAUACUUCACUCGUUACGUUUAUCCUUAUUUCUUUUUUAUUUUACACAAUGAGUGGGAAUGUGACGUUUUUAUUCCCCUUUCAUUGCGAGCCAAAGGCCUGCUUGAGGGUUCUCUUCAGAUUGUUACAAAGCGGAGGAGAAGAGAAAAAGUUGCGGCAUCUCAUCUCACGCUGGUUUAUUGCUGAUCCCCUCGUUAUAGGAUGGGGGGUCACGAUUAGGGAGGGGUUACUCCCAGCUUUCUGCAAAAAUUCUCAGGGGGGUCGGGGAAGAUUUUACCCCGAGCUCACCUUGGCCCUUUCCAAAAAGGCGAAACGUAAGGAUAGUGUUACAAAGGCGGAGAACUGACUGUGGUGCCGACUGUACAGUACCGGAAGAGGGUGCCAUCAGAAAAAAAGUAGCAUUAUGUUGCGGUACAGAUGUGAUGGCAGAUGUCCGGAUAAUGAGCUCAUUUAGGGAAGACUAUGCUGUUUAAUGUUCAGGCUCUCAUUUGUGGUGAAUAUUGCUCCUCCAACCCACACCUCUUCUUUGUUUCUUCUUUUUUUUAUAAUUUUUUUUUUUUUUAUGUGCAGUGAUCCUUUAAAAGGUGCCAUACAGAAUCAUACAACCAUGGCACAUUUUCUUUGCGAGUCUUUCGCAGCUAUUGGUCUAUCGAGUCCAGCCGACGUUCUGCCGACGUGGUUGGCUACGUUAUAUCUCAAGUUUUGUGACGCCGUUUUCUUUCAGCCAUUGAGGAAUGCUGUGAGACUGGUUCCUGUGAGAGCCGAGCCUUAAAAUACUGAUACAGCCACGAGCGCUUUCUUUGGAGUACCAUGUCAGAGGAUAACUGAGCUUUUUGUGCAGGUGACGCCAAACGAGCGUCACACAUUUUAUUUACGUGCCAAUAGUCUCAUGUCACUUGCGUACUCAUUCGGGAAUUUGAGGUAUCAGUGAGAGUUUAAAGUACCGUGGAAAAGUCGGGACAGGUUGUGUUACUCGAUUUUUUUAUCAACUUCGGCGAUGUGAUUUUUUUCAACGUUACUCCCAUAAAGAGCUACGUCAGACGGCUCUUGUGACUUCUCCGGGAGACACAUAAAAGCAAGUGGCAAAGUCUGACUGAGAUGCAAGUUAAGCAGGGUUUUCACGUAUCAUUGCACGUGCUUGCUGGGGCUAAUCCAGAGGGAACGGACGCACAGCCGCUCUUCCAAUGCUACAAAAUUUUUUUUUUUAAAUUGACCACCUGCUGUUAAGUAUUUCCAGCCCUGGUACUACCCACUCUCUGUGCCUCAUGGCUCUCCACAAGCCCCCCCAGUGCUAACAUUUGUGAAACGUUGUUGAUGCGUGAAACAUUAUUUGGUGCGGGCAGUUGUUAGUUGCGCGAGCUGAAAACUGUUUUUUUUUUUUCUUUUUGUCUCACCUCUUUAACCCCUAGAAUCGCGGCAGAUCCGCGUCACGUUUACGUUUGCUUCAAAAGCAUCAUUUCACGUUCAAGACGUUGUCAGGUAAAAAAAGAAAAAAAAAAGAAAAGGAUACGGCAAUGUUGAAUCAGUAUUUUCAAUUCCUGACGUCUUCCCGUUGAAAGAAAAUUGAGAGUGAAUCUGCCACGUGCACAGCCCGGUGCUGAAUGCAAGCCGGAGGGUUCCAAUGCGCAGAGUAUUUUUGUAUAAGCCCUCACCGCUUGCAAAGGCGUUAAUGGUGCACACGACGCAAUGGGUUACCUUUGUUCGCAGCCGUACUUUGAAAUGCUGUCCGAGUGGAGCUGCCGAGGAACGCUGAGCAUGCAUCGUCGAGUCAAUGUACAUAACACGACACGGUGUAAUGGACAAGAGUGAAUGCCCUACCUAGAUAGCUAGUAGUGCCACACUUCUGAGGCCACAAAGGAAACAAUAAUAAUAAUACGCGCUGGAUGUCAAAAUUUCUGUGCGUAAAUCCUGCAGCGAUCUCCAGGGAAAAAGCAACAAUCUCCUCUGUGUUUUCAGAGACGCACUGUGCUAGUUCUCUGUGCGCAUUGGCAUUACGUUCUCCUCGAUUCGACAGGGUGCAAACAGCAAAAGUGCAUGUUAGGCUUCAAAAUUUAAAGCGCAAGCAGAGUAAUCUGCACAAAAUGUAGCCAACAAUUCAAGUGACUGUGUGUGUGUGAUACACCAUGACCAAUGUGUGUGCUGUAUUCGGCAUUAAAAAUUAACGGGUGAGCACGUACAAAUUUUCACACCUUCGAGACUGAAAUACUGCUUUCCGAAAAAAAAAGAAACAAAAAAAUUCUGUGGCUUACCGGCGCUUUGUAAAGCUUUGAUCCACGUCCCUAAAUUCGCUGACGCUUUUUCUUUUCUUUUUCAUUUUGCAAUGCCACCUCGAAAUGUGGUACUUCACAUGUGGUACAUAUCUGAGCGGACAGGAACUGUAAGCACUCACAGUGAAACUGAAACUUGGGCACAUGGGCAAUCAGAGCAUCGACACCUCUUCUCACACUGCGGUCAGCAGUACAAUGUGACAAAGUCUCACAAUCUCUCAUUCUGAGUGCUCAGUAUGCAACGUGCAUUAAUCUACACAACUGGCACAUAGAUGUGCGUAUUCAAAGGGCGCAAGCAUUAACAGUGUGGCUUUUUUCAUUUGCUUCAGAAAGUGCUUCCAUUGUGUAGGUAUCAUUAAACAAAAGUCUAUACCAUAGAUAGCUGGACAUUUCAGAGUCUCAACCCAGCCGUGUCCUGCUCAUUGAGGAUGGCUCCAUUACCAGAUAGCGUGGUGGGUACCCCCUACCAGGUACCCCUUACAAGGUACCUACGAAGGCGAUUUCCUCAUGCCUAGCUUUCUCGAACACUUACAUGAAGUAGCAAAAGUUUCAAACGAUGGCUUGCUUCAAAUGCUGCUGCUGCGCUUCGACCCAGUUUGUGCUCCCUGAAAGCCAGCCUUUUUCUAAGUAUCUUCGAGGCAAACUUCUCCCAAAUAGGAACUACGAAUGUUGUCAUUCCCUUGCACGUAGGACGUUAAUCCACACGGUACUACCCUUCGAGGUCCUCGACCAAAAAAAAGGUCCCAACUUUGUCAGACCCCCUUCUCGCUGUUGCUCAACACUUCUGCCAGCGUUCACGUAGUUUCUCUUCCGAAUUCAGCUCUCUUCACUAGUUUCAAUUACCACCAAUUACCACCUUUUGAUGUUACUUUAUUGUUGCAGUUAGUAAAGGCAUGCUGCCACUCGUUAAAAAAAAAAAAAAAAAGCGUAGGACGAAAAGUGGUUGAAAUUCCUUUCGACGGAAGAGAAAAAAAAAGAAUGUACAGCAAUAUUACAUACUCUACUACAUUAAUGUACAGAGUGCUUAUAUAUAUAUAUAUAUAUUAUACAUAUAUUAAUAGGAAGAUAGGAAUUACUGUACGGACACACGUACAUGGCAACCGAGAUCCGUAGAAUAACGGGCAGAGGUCGGCAAUCCCGUGGUGAACAUGUCGAGGCCCAAUCUUCGCGAUAAAUUUCUCCCCUCGCGUAAAAAUUAUUUCGCUUUUUAAUUGAUUGCUACGACAUUCCUACCAGUGCGAGCUUUUGCACGUUUACUACAAAUGCUGUUGGGACUGUCUCGUUCCAGACAGACGCUUGUGUGUGUUUGGGCUCAGUUUGUGUGUGGUGUGUUUGUGAGCUCACCCAGCACCAGCCCGAUUUUCUUUUUGUCAAAGCAACCUUGGGAAUGUGAGCUAAAAAAAGGAAAA